AAAUGAUCAAAGAGCAAUGUUGCACAGGUACUUCAUAUAGAAGAUGAAGAAAUAGAGAAGUAUCUUGUUUGAAAAUGCAUAAAAAUGUGGGAAUGAUCUUCGUGUUUGCUGAGAAUAACUAUGUAAGAGCCAAUCCAGAAUUUGCAAAAAAGGCAGACAUCCUGUGUUUUGAUGGAGGUAGACAAAGUGUCAACGAUCCUGAACCUUGUGUAUGGGGUGAAAGACCUACAAAUGCGUAUCUUUCUAGACAAGUGACUCCUAAACAGCGGGAAAGACUGGUGAAAGUUUUUCUGGAUAUGCAAAAUCGAUACAGCAAACCUUCAAUGAAAAGACCAGUUUGGUACUACAAUACGUUUUUAUCGUACAUAAACGCAAGUGGAUUGGAAAGAACACCAAACAAACGGAGCACUUACAUCACCUAUUUAGGUGACUUCAUUCACACCAUUCGCAAACCUCGAAUGGGAUGUGUUGGUAAUUAUGACGCUGGUUUUUGCGUUACGUCCGACAAAGAAAUGUCGAAAUGCGAAGAUUUCUCAAGAUCUGCAGAUACCCGAGGAAUGUGGCCUAGCAUCAAGUGCAUCAAAUCACCGUCGAAAGAAGCUUGUAUGCAGAGAGCAAAAGACGGGCAUGCACAGUUGGUAGUCUUGGAAGGUGGGGAUGUGUACAGGGGUGGCAGAUAUUUUGACCUGCAGCCCGUUGCUAGGGAAGAUUAUAGCGGUACCGACGCAGCGUUUUAUGCUGUUGCUGUUGUGCGGUCUACUUCUGCUGUUAAGAACCUACAAGAUUUAAGAGGAAUGCGUUCCUGUCAUACUGGAAUGGGCCGAACAGCCGGCUGGAUCUUGCCUAUUGGAGUUCUACUUUCACAAAAUCUACUGCCCUCUAAAAACGGCUGCAACCGAACUGUUGCUGUAGCAGAAUUUUUCUCAGGUGGUAGCUGUGUCCCCGGUGCUAACGACCCGAAAUACAACCCAGGAAGAUCAAACAGUGGGCUUCUUUGCAAACACUGCAUUGGAAAUGAAAAGAGGCUUCACAGGUGUUCCAGAGAGUAUUCAAAAGAGAGAUUCAGUGGUAAUGGAGGUGCUUUUAGGUGUUUGGCUGAGGGCCAUGGUGAUGUAGCUUUCGUUAAGCACACGACAGUUCCUUAUUACACGCAUAGACGCAGUCAGACUCCUUGGAGCAAGGACCUCGUACCUUCUGAUUUCAAGCUUGUUUGCGACAGUGGAAGCACUGCAACCGUGCAAGACUACGGACGCUGCAACUUGGGGGAAGUUCCACCGCAAUAUGUCGUAACCGGUGGAAAGGUGUCCGAAACUCGAAAACUGCUUCUGGCCAAGUUAAUGGCAGAUUCUUCGAACUACUUCUCAGACACGUCCAACCUUUACCGAAUGCUCCGUCCAGGAUCUCCACCUAAUCUCUUGUUCAAGGACAUGGCAACAGCACUCAGGAUCACACCUUUGGGUGCUUCUUACGAUCAAGUUCUGGAAAGAAGAUUUUUAAAAGCUUCCAAGGCUGUAGAUCCUAGGGCAUGCACUUAAAGUAUUUUAUCUCAUAUUAUGGAUCUAUUUUCUUAAAAUAAA